AUGGCCGGUAUGAAUAUCACAAAUGACGUCCGAGUCGGCCAAGGCAUGAAAGAAGGCCAGCUGUCUGAAUUCAAGUUGGAUCAAACGCUUGAGUGCGACAGUCCCAUCGGCGUUGGCCGAAACCCCGAGAAGAACCCCCUAGUGAUCUUGAGCGGGGAAGAUCCAAAUUUAGCCUUCCAAGGAGCGCGAAUUUUGGGUCUCUACCGACGUCUUUGCAGGUCAUGCGUGUCCAAGCACCUCGAUGGCGAGAGCCUCGAAAGUGACAACCAAACAUUGCGAGAGGCUAACAUGCAUCUGAACGACGAAAGAGAUGGACUUCAACUCCACCGUGACGAGCAGCAGUCUCGAUUGCUUCUCUUGGACCGAGAUUUGGAAUUGUCUCGACAGCGAUUGAUCAGCAUUCUUAACGACUGGAGCCAGUACUCUCGCGGGGAGCUGACUGGUCUGGCGGGUCUUGAGUAA